AUGAAGAGGCGGGCGGCGUACAGCGGACCGGCGGCGGGGACGCCGCGGGUGGCAGGCAGCAGCCAUCAGGCCGGCGGUAGAGGCACCGCCGGUAGCGGAGCGGUGGCCCCAGGGGACAAAGGAAAAUGCCCCCGGGCGUUCGUGCCCCAGCCGUCGUCCUUGUCGUCGCCGUGGCCUCCACGGCCGCCCAAGGACCCCGCCGGAGACCAGAUGCGGCCAGAGGUGCCAAGUCCGGCUCUCGCUUUCGAGCCGAGUGCGCCCACACCUGAGCCGAGCAUGCCGAUGGAACUGGAGCCGCAGGGGCCGCCCUGCCCUGAGCCGAGGGCAGCGGCCGCACCCGAGCAGCCAGCGCCGUCUGAGCCCACCCUGAGCAGUUCAAGGGCAGAGCAAGCGGCCGUGGUUGAAGUGGUCGCGGCAAGGGCGGCGCCGACGUGGCAGUCAUCGGGGACCCUGAGCGCCUCUGCAAAGAGGGCUCAGGCGGCCGUGGCAACGGAGCGAGCAGAGCUCGAUAGGUACCGCACCGCCCUCGUUGAAGAAAGGGGGCGGCUAGAAGAGGUCGGCUGGCUCCUGGAGGCCCGCAUCACCUUGGCCCGCGCAACCCACGAGAGGUCAAUGUGUGCGGUGGCCGAGGAGCGGGAGGCAUUGGAGGAGGUGCGCGACGAAGCUGUUGCCGUGCAGGAGGACGCCAGCCGCAUGGAGCAGCAUUGCAGCGGCGGGCCGUUGAGCUGCUUGCUCAGGAGCGGCUGGUCCGGGCUUGGGAAGUGGCGAUCGGCCAGCGCGAGAAAUCUGUGGAGUCCGCCCGGGCAGACUUAG